CAACCCAAACAAACGCGGAGACCCCCCAAAAAGCGAAUGACUUUGAGGUAUUUACCUCACUACUUAUUUUUACCGUUUGAUUCUGUUUUAAUGUCUGAAUGUCAGUAAGAAGAAAAUAACGUUUAGAUAUGAAUCUGCAUACGCGAUGUACAUCGGUUAUAUUUAUCAUUGAAAGCUCAUUUAAAGACAUCUCGAGUAAAACAGUUUAACGGAACACGAGUACAAAAUGCUGCAUCCUCGUCGUAUGUGAAGUUUAAUGCAUUUUAUCAGAAGAGAUUAGAUGAAGAGUUCAGUUGUGUGUCUAUGAAGAAUGAGAGGCCAAUGGAUCCACCAACAGCAUUUAAGAGAUCAGACGUAAUGGAACCCGUCUGUAAAAAGGUGAAGUUUGAGCAAUCUGUGAAUCAACCACAAUAUGUGUGUCCUCAAUACAGCCAUGACUCUAAAAUUAAUGAAGUCCUGAACACAUUUAAAUCAAAUCUGAGAGAGAAGUUUCAGUGUUUGUAUCCAGGAACAUCAAAGCAGAGAAACUCAACACUACUGAACGAGAUCUACACAGAGCUCAACAUCACAGAGAUUAAAAGUGGAGAGGCAGAGGAGACACCAAUCAAAUGUAAUGACAUCUUUAAACCUUUACCUGAGCAACACAAACACAUCAGAAGUGUGAUGACAAAGGGAGUUGCUGGCAUUGGAAAAACAGUCUCUGUACAGAAGUUCAUUCUGGACUGGGCUGAAGAGAAAGAGAAUCAGGACGUCCACCUCAUAUUUCCACUUCCUUUCCGAGAGAUCAAUUUGUUGAAGGACAAAACACUCAGUCUUUUAGAUCUUCUUCAUCUUUUUUUCCCAGAGACAAAAGAAAUGGAAAUCUUCAGUGAUGAAUAUAAAGUGUUGUUCAUCUUUGAUGGUUUGGAAGAGUGUCGUCUGUCUCUGGAUUUUCACAGCAGUGUGAGGUUGUGUGAUGUAAGUGAAUCAACCUCAGUGGACGUGAUGCUGACAAACCUCAUCAAGGGGAAUCUGUUUCCCUCUGCUCGCAUCUGGAUCACCUCCAGACCAGCAGCAGCUGAUCUCAUCCCCUCUGAGUGUGUUGAUCGAGUCACAGAGGUACGAGGCUUCAGUGAUCCACAGAAGGAGAAAUACUUCAGAAAGAGAAUCAGACAUAAGAGUUUGGCCAAGAAAAUCAUCUCACACCUGAAGUCAUCCAGAAGUCUCUUCAUCAUGUGUCACAUCCCAGUGUUCUGCUGGAUUUCAGGCACUGUUCUAGAGAGAAUAUUGAGUGAAUCAAAAAGAAGAGAGAUCCCCAAGAAUCUCACUGAAAUGUACACACACUUCCUGAUCAUUCAGAAGGACUACGAGAAGAAUAAAGACAUCAUCUUCAAAAUUUGUAAACUGGCUUUUGAGCAGAUUAUGAAAGGCAAUCUGAUCUUCUAUGAUGAAGACCUGAGAGAGUGUGGCAUUGAUGUAUCAGAAGCAUCGGUGUACUCAGGAUUGUGUACUCAGAUCUUCAGAGAGGAGUUUGGUUUGUGUCAGAGGAAAGUUUACAGCUUUUUUCAUCCGAGCAUUCAGGAACAUCUAGCAGCUCUACAUGUGCACCUUUCUUUUAUGAACAACAACUUAAAUGUGUUGACUGCAUUUAAAAUGAAUCAAAGUUGUAAGCCUUCAAUAAUUGAUCUGUAUCAGAGAGCUAUAGAUGAGACUGUGAAGAGUAAAAGUGGACAUCUGGAUCUCUUUCUUCGUUUUUUUCUGGGUUUGUCACAGAAGUCGCAUCAGAAUCUCAUACCAGGUCUGAGGUUACUGACAUGCUACAACAAUGCGAAAACAAUGAAAUACAUAAAAGAGAAGAUCAGGAAGAAUCCUUCACCAGAGAAAUCCAUCAAUCUGUUUCAGUGUCUGAAUGAACUGGGUGAUGUUUUACUAGUGAAGGAAAUCCAACAAUAUCUGACAUCUACAAUAAUAAAUAAAACCACACUGUCUUCAUAUCAGUGGUCAGCUAUAGUUUCGGUGAUGCUGACAUCAAAACAGGAGCUGAAGUUUACUAUGAAUCCGUUUGUUAAAGGAAUUAAUGCUGAAUCACUGAAAGUUCUUAAGGAGCUGCUGCCUGUGAUUUGUGAGUCCAGAUCAGUUCAGUUAAUUUCUUGGAAUAUCACAGAUGAACGUUGUGUUGCUCUGUCUUCAGCUCUGAGAUCAAACCCAUCACACCUGAGAGAACUGAAUCUGGGUCAUAAUAAACUGAAAGAUUCAGGAGUGAAGCUGCUCUCUGACGUACUGAAGAAUCCUGACUGUAAACUGCAGAUACUGAAGUUGAAUUCUUGUUAUAUCUCAGCUGAAGGUUGUGCUGCUCUGACUUCAGCUCUGAGAUCAAACCCAUCACACCUAAGAGAUCUGAAUCUGUCUAAUAAUUAUCUUGGAGAUCCAGCAAUGGAGCAUCUCUCUGAUCUACUGGAGCAUCCUAGCUUUAAACUGGAGAAACUCUGGUUGUGUUUUUGUAAUCUCACAGAUGAAGGUUGUGUUGCUCUGUCUUCAGCUCUGACAUCAAACCCAUUCCAUCUGAGAGAACUGAGUCUGUGUAAUAAUAAACUUGGAGAUUUAGGAGUGAAGCUGCUGUCUGCUAUAGUGGAGAAUACUCGCUGUAAACUGGAGAUACUGAAGUUGAAUGAUUGCAAUAUCACAGAUGAAGGUUGUUUUGCUCUGACUUCAGCUCUGAGAUUAAACCCAUCACAUCUGAGAGAUCUGUUUUUGUCUCAUAAUAAUCUGGGAGAUUUAGGAAUCAGGCUGAUCUCUGAUCUGAGAAAUGAUUUAAAGCACAAACCGAAAAAACUAAGAAUCAUAACCCUGUGUCAUAACAAGAGCUGAAAAUGUAAGAUGGUGUCAAACCCAGACAAAUGCCUUCAAAUGGCUGGAUCCACAGGGAGCAAUUUCUGAAAACAUUUAAUUCAUGUUGAAUCAACAUCUGAAACCUCUCUCAAAUAAUUCACAUCUACCCUUAAGAAGGCCACCACCAUGGUUUGGGGACAAAGUCUCACACCUCACCAAGCUGUUCAGCUCUCAGGACAAACUGUAUGUGAAAUGCCGCAUUCUGCAUGCACAGUGUCUGAAACCGGCCUUGUUUGAUGUCAUAUGAAGUAUUUUAAUGCAAGCUGUACAAUUUGGUUGAUUCAUUUAACAACAGAAUUCAAUAUUAAAAUGAAACAACAAAUUUAGUUUCACUCAGUGCUGAUAGACACCUCCCCCUCUCAGGCAUAAACCAAUCACCUACUGUAUGCAAAUUAAGGACAGCCCUGUGUUUACAGCAACCAAUCAGUACCACAUUCAUAUAUGCUUUGUUCUCUCUGGAUACUUAAGGAAAAGUUUGUAAAUUGUUCAGGGGGAUUUUCUCUAUUCAGAAAUGAACCCCGUGAUAAUGUGUCUUGGCACAGCAUAAUGUAUUUUUUUUAUUUUGCUUACCAUGUAUGCAAUGGUUUUUCCUUUGUUUCGUAUUUUAUUUUUUUGUAAAUUGGCUUCUGAAUUCUUUUUCCUACCUGGUUAAUAAAUUGUUACAUUUGUUUUCAUUC